GGAGGGCGACGAGGAGCCCAAGGGGGGUGGAUCUCAUGUAGAGGAUCCUAUGUCAGAGCCGGUGCCACCUACUAUUCUGGGCCUGUCGCCUACACGACUUGCUGCGCAGACAGGUGCAGCAGCUACAGAUGAUGAGGGUGGGACGGAGGGGGGUGCAGACACCGGUGAAGGGCAGAACAACAAUCAGCAGAUGGUGGUGAAGAAGCAAACCACAAUCAGGAAUCGGAUCGACAAUGCUGCCCAGAAGAAGUUGGGCAUUGCUUGGGCAGAGGCAAUGUUCAGGGCAGACAUUGCUUUCAACUUCCUGAACUUCGACACGACGCAGGCUCGUCAUGAUGCGUACUUGGAAGUUGCCAAUGCAAGGCCGAAAGUGAAGCUGCCUACUUACAAGCAUAUGCGGAUGAUGAUGUUGGACUGCAUGUACUUGAAGGUUGAAAAAGCAGUCAACCCCAUGACUGUGUGUUGGGACAAAACUGGUUGCACGUUCAUCACAGACGGAUCGACUGAUCGCAAGAACAGGCCGGUGAUGAACUUCUUGGCAGCAGGGGAGAAAGGAGCCGUUCUUGUGACCACGGUUCACAUGACAGGGAGGAAGAAGAACGCGGCAGCAUUGGCGAAGCUAUGGGAGCAGAUGUUGCAGAGGGUAUUGAACAGGGAGCAUGUGUUGGCCGAGAUGGUGGAUGAGAAGUUUGCUGCGAGGUGGAGGUCGUUGAGGUGGUUAGGAAAGAAGUUGCAGAGAAAGGCUGACCUUGUGUACUUCAAACUGCGGUCCGAGACUUGGUGGGCGGAGGUCAAGAAAAUUGUGGCAAUCAUAGAGCCGGCGUACAGUCUGCCGAAAAGGAUGGACAAGGAACUAGUCCGUCCCACCAACCUUGUAGAGUUUAAUGAUAUGAUUGCAAGAAAAUUGUCAAAUAUCGUGCUCACGAAGACGGAGAGGAAGGACGUUAUGGCUAAGGUGACCGAUCGCGUGCAGAUGAUGAGACAGCCCGCACAGACAACUGCCUUUCUUCUUGAUCCCCGAAGGAGAGACCCCGGUUGGCUGAACGAUCCGCACAGCGCCCUCGUGCGAAAUGCAAUGCGUUUCUUGAUGAGGCAGAUUGGACACGAGUGGAAUUCGAAGAAGCACGUUGACAUGUGGGAUCAGCUGUGGGAGUUCUUGAGAGAGCCUGUGGAAGGGAAAGUCCGGAAAGAUGAAAACAUGUGUACAGAUCGUGCAAGGGAAGGAGCAACGAAACGUGCACCUCAAGACUGGUGGGGAUUAUACGGUGGAGAUGUCCGGGACUUGCAGAAGAUUGCCAUGAGAGUGUUGGGAAUGUGGAGCACAACCACACCUGCAGAGCGCAAUUGGGCAUCGAUGGACUUCGUCCAUUCGAAGCGGAGAAACAACCUCUCGCCGGAGUCGUUGGAGAAGCUUGUCUACAUUCACUGGAACAUGCAACUGUUGCGCGUUCCAGACAGCAAGGAGAGUGGCUACAUUGACAUGUGGGGGUCCUUCUUCGAGCCUUUGAUGGAGCCGACGCCAGAAGAGCAGUCUGUUGAGGAGGGCACGAUGGACAAGAUUGCGUACAGUGUGGACGAGGAAAAGAGGCAACGGAGAUUGGCAAAUGCUCCUAAAGGACAUGUUCCAAAGGGACUUGCGGUUGAUGACUCCACCAGGAGCAGCGACUUCGAGGAUUUCAUUGGGAAGGGGAAGUGUUGGAACGAAUCCACUUCCGACGAGAGCGAGGACGAGGAUGACAUAGGCGAGGACUCCGAUUUCGAGUUGGGGGCCAAGCCAGCAGUACCCGCCACCACAUACGUCAGUCGGAUGCUUGGGAAGCGAAAAAAGGAGGCUGAGGAACUAUUGUCCAAGCUAGUUAUGAGGGUGGACACAGACAUUGAGUUCUUGACACACACGGUGUCUGAUGCAGUUAACCCAGCGAGUGACGCACAUGACCCGCCGCUUGACGCAGACGAAGAGGAAGCAGCGCGGGCAAAAGCCGUGGCGGACAAAGAUGUUGCUCUUGUUCAGAAGCAUAUGCAGGAGGAGGAGGCUCGGCGUGCUGUUGUCCCGACACGAAGGGAAAGACAGAGACAAACAACCCAGGUUGAGAAACAACGCACACAUCACGUGAUCGACAAUGUGGAAAAGGAGGCGGAUGCGCAUGCACGACAUAAAGGUUGUUCGUAGAUUGUUGGAGAGGACGUUUAAGGAGUCGAGGGAGAAAAACAGCAGCAGGAAAAAAAUGAGGAACAUGAAGAAGCAACAAAUUUGCAGCAGGAGG